AUGGUUCAACGACAAAAGGUAAGGCGCAUAGGAUUAGACUUACUCGGUGCAGCAGGGGCGGCAGGGGCAUUUGAGGCCUCGCCAUUGGCAGGCGCCUGGGAUCUGGAAGGCGCAGAGGAGGUGGGAGGCGCUUCUGUGGAAGAUGGAGUGGACCCGCGGCGGGGGGCGGCCGUCUCGGCGGAAGGCGCGGGAGUGCUGAGCGGUAUUUGCCGGGAGGAUGCCAUAGCAAACGAGAGCGUGUGUGGAAGAGCAAGUCGGGGGCAAUUGAGAGAGUUUGUAGCUAGAGAGAGGAAGUAG